CGGCCGCAUAAACAAACAUUCACGAACUUCACAGAUAAAAGAAAAAGAAAGAUCGAGAGAGACAGAGAGACAGAGAGAGAGAGAAGAUGCAGGGAAGCACGAGCUUCGCUCUCGAAUCCACCCAAGAAAGUGCAAAGUUCGACGAUGACGGCCAGAUUAAGCGCACUGGGACUUGGAUGACCGCGAGUGCACAUAUAAUAACAGCUGUGAUCGGGUCAGGGGUGUUGUCGUUGGCUUGGGCCUUGGCCCAGUUGGGGUGGAUCGCCGGCCCCUUUGCUCUCAUGACCUUCUCUCUCAUCACCUGGUUUUCUUCUCUCCUCCUCGCCGAUUGCUAUAGAGGCCCCGUCUCUCUCUCCAUCAGAAACUACACUUACAUGCACGCUGUCAAAUCGCAUCUAGGGGGAAUCAAUGUUGGGUUGUGCGGACUUGCUCAACUCACCAACCUCGUCGGGACAACCAUCGGAUACACAAUCACUACCGCCAUUAGCAUGUCGGCCAUCAAGAGAUCCAAUUGCUUCCACAAGCAUGGCCAUGAAGCGGGUUGCCAUACAUCCAACAACACAUUCAUGAUCAUCUUCGCGGUUGUACAGAUUAUCCUCUGCCAGAUUCCUAACUUCCACCAGCUCUCCAUUCUGUCUGUCAUCGCCGCCGUUAUGUCCUUCGCCUACUCGGGCAUCGGUCUCGCCCUUGGCAUUGCCAAACUUGCAGGAGGGGGGCUUGGAAAGACCAGCCUGACCGGCGUUCCGAUCGGCGAAAAUGGAGUGACAAAUGCGCAGAAAAUCUGGAACGCGUCCCAGGCUCUUGGAAACAUUGCUUUUGCAUAUUCUUACGCUGUGGUCCUUGUCGAAAUACAGGACACGCUAAAAUCUAGCCCGCCGGAGGCCGUGGCGAUGAAGAAGGCGACCACCGCAGGAAUCUUCGUCACUACAGUGUUCUACAUGUUAUGUGGAGUCAUUGGUUAUGCCGCGUUCGGGAACAACGCGCCGGGAAACUUCCUCACUGGGUUCGGCUUCUACGAACCCUUUUGGCUUAUCGACCUCGCCAACAUGUGCAUCGUCGUCCAUCUUGUUGGAGCCUAUCAGGUGUUUGGCCAACCGAUUUUCGGGUACGUUGAGAGUCGAUGUCGAAGGCAAUGGCCCGGGAGCGAAUUCAUUGCAAAGGAAUACCCCAUAGCCACAUGCGGCGGAGGGACAAUGAGCUUCAACCUUUUUCGGCUAGUCUGGAGAACAACAUAUGUGAUCUUCACAAUCGUGAUCGCCAUGUUACUCCCCUUCUUCAACGACUUUCUAGGCCUUCUCGGUGCCGCCUCUUUUUGGCCGCUGACUGUGUAUUUUCCGAUUGCCAUGUACAUCUCCCGGGCAAAGAUCCGACGGUUUUCCUUCACCUGGAUUUGGAUGCAGCUGCUCAGCUUAGUGUGCGCGCUCGUGUCACUUGUUGCUGCGGCCGGAUCCAUUAGUGGCCUUGUCAAGUCUGCCCAAAAAUAUGAGCCUUUCAAAUCUGUGUCUUGAAUGCCUCCUCCAAUUCCAUUGCCUUUUUGCUGUAGGAAAAUGUCAGUUAAGAAGAACAACAGGCAGAAAUGCUCUUUCGGUAGGGCUCUCUCUAAUUAUCUGAAACUCAAAUAAUCUUUACCUUUUCUUGGUGUGUGUGUGUGUAUCUAUCUAUCUAUAUAUAUGAUGCUUUUUUGGUAGAGUUCUAAUUAUCUGAAAGUCAAACAAACACAUUGCAGUGAUUUAUAUUGAUGU